AUGGCUCCCCGCAACGAGUCAAUUCGGGGCACAGCCGACGUGUCAAAGGUCGAGGCCCCUAUCACCUGGAAGGCUUAUCUAUGCUGCGUCUCGGCUGCCUUUGGCGGUGUCUUCUUUGGCUAUGAUAUUGGCUGGAUGGGCGGCGUACUUGGCAUGCCCUACUUCAUCCAGCAGUUCACUGGAAUCGAGUAUGACUUUACUGCCGGAGCUCCUGUCGAUAACUCGCGCCCUUUCUCCAUCCCAUCCUCCGAUAAGUCGCUCAUGACCUCAAUCCUCUCACUUGGGACCUUCCUCGGCGCCAUCAUCGCAGGCGAUCUCGCCGAUAUACUGGGCCGUCGCAUCACCAUUAUUAUGGGCUGUGGCAUCUUCUCGGCAGGCGUCAUCCUCCAGAUUGCGACCAGCGGUCAAUUGGCCAUCAUGGUUCUUGGUCGGCUCGUCGCCGGUCUGGGUGUUGGCUUUGAGUCAGCUGUCAUUAUUUUAUACGUGUCUGAAGUAUCACCCAAGAAGAUCCGUGGUGCUGUCGUCUCUGCAUAUCAAUUCUGCAUCUCUAUUGGGCUUCUCUUGGCAAAUUGCGUUGUCUAUGGAACACAGAAUAUGAGUACCACCGCAUCAUACCGCAUUCCGAUAGGUGUCCAAUUCGUCUGGGCCAUCUUUCUAGCUGUAGCUCUCUUUAUUCUCCCCGAAUCACCACGAUAUUUUGUCAAAAAGGGUGAUAUCCAGAAGGCCACCGAAUCUCUCUGCUACAUUCGAGGACAGCCUGUCGCAUACGUCCAGGAUGAACUCCAGGAAAUUAUCGCGAACUAUGAGUACGAACGGACUGUCACCCCUGACACUGGCUAUAUCAACUCGUGGCUGGUCUGCUUCAAGGGCCCCAUUACCAGCCCCAGCUCUAACAUACGAAGAACAAUUGCAGGAGCUGGGAUCCAGGGAAUGCAGCAACUGUCGGGCAUGAACUUCAUAUUUUAUUAUGGCACGACCUUCUUCCAGCAGCUGGGAACCAUUUCUAACCCGUUUCUCAUAUCGCUUAUCACCACUCUGGUCAACGUCUUUUCCACUCCUCUUUCUUUCUGGACCAUUGAACGAUUCGGACGGCGGCCACUCCUUAUUUAUGGUGGACUUGCCAUGUUCUGUAUGCAGUACAUCAUUGGUGCUGUCGGAACUGCCAUGCCUAACGAUGAAAGAGCUGCCAAGGGCAUGAUCGCUGUCAUCUGCUUCCAGAUCUUCUUCUUUGCUACCACCUGGGGACCUGGUGCAUGGGUCGUCGUUGGAGAAACUUUUUCUCUUCCGAUCCGCUCCCGUGGCAUCGCCAUUUCGACAGCCUCGUGCUGGUUCUGGAACUGUGUACUUGCAGUCAUUUCUCCUUACAUGACCGGAGAUGAGAAAGGCGCUGUCAACCUUGGGCCAAAGGUUUUCUUUUUCUGGGGAGCACUCUGUUUUCUUGGGGCUCUUUUUGCCUACCUUCUUGUUCCUGAGAUGAAAGGGCUCUCCCUCGAACAGGUCGACCGCAUGCUUAUGGAAACGAGCCCACGCAAGAGCGCCAAUUGGGUUCCUACUACUACAUUUACUCAAGAGAUGGGACAUACUGAGGAGAAGGGUGGCGUAAUUCACGAUGAAGGCGACCAGGCUUAA